GCUUGCUUACAACUAAAAAGGAAUGGUCGAUAUGAUAACCAAAUCGGGGAUAGCGUUUUUCAAGAUAGGGCUUAGGAAACAAUUCGGGAGUGAUUUCGACUCCAACUGUAACCCUCGACUUAUAAUUUCUGUAGGAUUUUGACGUUGUGGCAAUGCCAAAUCCACAGUAAUGUAUGGCUGGUGUGACUUGGUAUUCUUAAACUCAGUACGGAGCAUUAUGUGUAAUGAUGAGACUGAACACGGCUUAGUUAUAAUCUGACUAGCCCCAGGCAGCACUCUUCAAGAAGGAAUCAGAGCCUGUGCAAAGGCAACAUUCUUACUUUUACAAAACACCCAAAAUUGUAAUCAUGUCACCCAAUCUACAUUGGCAAAAAUCUUCAAAGGGAGUCUGGGAACGGGAUCUUGACGAGUGUGAGAAAUUUUACUACCUGUCUGCGAGAAAAGAGAAUGGGUGCUUGCCUGUCACCGGCUGCGCGUCUUUUAUAGAUUCCACGCGUACCACUGAAAACAAUCGCGUUGAAGCUGCUUUUCGGAGUGCCUGGACCUCUCUCCGUCACAGACAUCCAACCUUGGCCUCGCAUGUUCAAUAUGACGAGUAUACCGAUCGAUGGAGACGAGUAUAUUCAUCACCCGGGAAUUCUGAUGAGGUGAGGCAGUGGCUAACAUCUACGUUUCAUGUGCUUGACAGCGUGGGAGAUGAACUCCAAUGGUUUAACCAGCAUGCUCCUACCUUCAAGGACUCCAGCAUAUUUCUCGUCCAAGGCCAGCCGUCAUUUCAUUAUACUCUCUUUUUACGAUGUCCCCACGACGUUAUCGACGGCGUUGGCAUUCUCCUGCUCGUUAACCAGCUCUUUGACUACGCUUCCCGAGCCUACGACCAAGAAGACAAAUAUGCCGCCCCAGAAUGGGGCAGUGAGGGUGUAAAUCUCUCUCCGUGUCUAAGAGUAGCCGCCAAUGUCCAGACAUUAUCGGACGCUCAAUCCAAACGCCUCGCCGAUAUUCAAUCUAAAAAUGGUGCCUUAUAUAAUCACCCCGGUCUUUUAGGUCUUCCCACCAGCUCUGUUCCGGUCCCCUCAACGCCUGGAAGAAGGGAGCGCCUUUCAUUUACGAUUCCAAAAAGGGCUACAGAGCAGAUCCUGCAACUUUCCAAGUCUAUUUCCCCUGGCGUCAGUGUAACCCACGUCUUUAUGGCGGCGUUAGCAUUAGCUUUAUCAGAAGUGCAGCCGCGGGAAGAGAACCCUCAAUUCUUUCGUUACGUGAACCACAGCAUGAUCAAUCUUCGUCCAUAUUUGAACAGGCCGUACGAUGGGCCAGAUCAUGCGGCUGCUACCUAUCACACAAUCUCCGCGCAAGCAUUAGGAAUCGAUGUAGUCGUCCCGGAUUCUUCAACGAGUGAAAAAAGCGAGAAUAAAGAGAACAGAUUAUCGCAAAUCGCUACUCGGGUGCGUGACUUUUACAAAUUAAUUCGUCCCGACCAGCUCUCCACGGUGGCCACCCACGAUCAGAUCGGCUUCGCUCCGUCGAUAUUCAAAAUCUUCACACCUGCUUCAGGAGUCGAUCCUCAUGCCGUGUCAGAGCCUAUUUUCAGUUCUGUCUCACUUUCUUCUAUUGGUAACAUCUCGUCAAUAGUAGCAACGAAAUAUUGCCCUCUUGAGUUGGAAAAUGUCUGGGUUGCCAGUGAGCCAAUUGGUGCAGCGGUGGCGCUUUUCCUUGGAACUUGGGAUGAGAAGAUAGAACUGUCGGCCGUAUUUGAUAAUCGCUAUCACGAGGCGGAUUACAUUGAGAGUUUCUUGCGCCGUAUUGUUAAUUGCGUUGGGACAGUCUAAAUAUUCUCCUGCCCAAGCUGCACCGUCUCUUUGAAGCAUUAAUAACGAUAUUCUUGGGAAUAUGCUCCAUACGACACAGAACUUUUUUGGUCUUCUCACCAUAGAUAAU